AUGGGGUGGAGAACGAAGAAGACCCAUCCUCAAGCAAUGGAGCUACCGACUGUACAGCGCAAUGAUGAGAAAAAACACGACUCUAUUGUUACAGUCGACGAAAUCAGCCGUGAAGUUGUGCACACUCUUUCCAAGGAUGAAAAAUUGAUUCUACUGGCUCUCGCCUCUUUAAGCUUGAUGGCCGCACUGGAUGGGACGUCGAUAUCAGUGGCCUUGCCGACAAUGUCCCAGGAGCUAGGUGGCUCCGCAACUGAAGCUUUCUGGACUGGAACUUCAUUCACACUGUGCUCUGCAGUGUUCCAGCCUGUGUUUUCCUCAUUUUCAGAUCUGUUUGGGCGGAAGCCACUGAUUUUGGUUGCCAUUUUCUGGUUUUUGAUCGGUGCUAUCGUGGCGGGCGUUGCGAAUGACUACACUCACAUGCUGAUCGGUCGAUCUUUACAAGGUGUUGGCGGAGGAGGCAUUAUUACCCUCACCAGCAUAGUCAUUGCCGACGUUGUCCCGCUAGCCCAUCGAGCUAAAUACUUCGGCAUGCUUAGCGCAAUCUGGAGUCUGGGUACUGUGACCGGCCCGGUCAUCGGGGGUUGUUUCGCUGAAAAGUCUACAUGGAGGUGGAUAUUCUAUCUCAACUUCCCUUUGAUUGCCGUCGGUACCGCCCUGGUUUUGUGGUCUUCGAGAUCCAAAUCCCACAAAGUGUCAUACCGUGAUCAAUUGCGAAAGAUCGACUAUUUAGGAAUCCUCCUUUUCAUCCCGAGCACUGCGUCCUUCCUCAUUCCCCUCACAUGGGGAGGUGUCCUCUACAAUUGGGACUCUUGGCACACAGUGGCUCCCUUGGUGACCGGUGCUGUUGGCUUGAUUUUGUUUUCGGUUUAUGAAUACCGAUUUGCAAAGAACCCAAUGAUUCCACCAUCGAUCUUCCAGAACAGAACAUCUUUAAUCGCAUUUGCGGGCUAUGCGGUGGUGGGUUUGGUCGUCUGGUGCAUCCUAUAUUUCUUGCCAAUCUAUUACGAAGCAGUCAAAGGAUUCAAGCCCAUCAUGUCCGGAGUGGCUCUGUUCCCAGAAACCUUUACACUCGCACCCAGUGCCGUCGUGGUUGGCUUGGUCAUCAGUAGACUCGGCAAUUACUAUUGGGCCAUAUGCAUUGGAUGGGGCGUAUCCACCAUUGGAACUGGGCUGAUGUAUCUGCUGAGUGCAGACGCCUCAACUGCUACAUGGGUCUGUGUCAAUCUUGUUCCUGGCCUUGGCGUCGGCAUGGUCCUUCCCUCCAUCCCAUUGGCAGUCCAAGCAGCGGCGACGCCAGAGACUCUAGCCAUCGCGGUUGCCAUGUCCACUUUCUUCAGGGGGUUCGGUCAGUCGAUCGGAGUGGCGAUUGGCGGUGUGAUCUUUCAGAACCGCAUGAAGAGCAACCUUCUGGACUAUGCGGAGUUGCGGGCCCACGCAGACAAAUAUAGUGGCGAGGCGGCGAGUGCUGUGCAGAUGAUUCGGGCGAUGGCAGACGGUCCGAUGAAGGAUCACCUCAAGGAGGCUUAUUCAGACAGCUUGAAAGUUGUCUGGGCGUUCUGCUGUGGUAUUUGCGGACUGAUCUUUGUGAUCAGUCUUUUCACCAAGUCUUAUAGCCUGAAUCGGGUUAUGACUACACAAAAGGGGCAAGAUGACGAGACUCGAGGACACAGGAAUGAGUCUCGUGGUUAA